AUGCACACCUCUAUUCUUAUUUAUUUAUUUGCUUGUUUCCUACCUCACUUCAUAACCGCUUCUCCCGCGUCUGGGUCUGUCUCCUCCUCCGCAACGUCCUCGGCUACAUCUUCCUCUGCUGCCAGUACCACUACUAGUAGCACCGGUAAAAAUACCAAACGCGGACUCUCUUAUCCUUCCACCGAUAACAUCCCGGACAUCUUAAAUGUUAAUCAGACCAAGAGCGUCAUUUCGUGGCAGUAUGACUGGGGGCUGACCCCUCCGACGAAUUUGGCGCAAUCUGGCAUAGAAUAUGUGCCGAUGCAGUGGGGCUCAGGUGGGAUUGAGAAUAUUAGUGCGGCGGUUAAGGCCCAGGGAACGAACGUUCUCUUGACCUUCAAUGAACCCGACUUCAACCAACAAUCCAAUAUCGAUCCCAAAACCGCCGCGCAAUUAUGGAUGCAAUAUAUUGAGCCAUUAAGGACUGACAUACCUGGAAUCAAGAUUGGUGCACCAGCGGUCAGUAGCGGCGGGACCGGGUUCCCUUGGUUGACAACAUUCUUUUCCGCUUGUGGUAAUUGUAGCUUUGAUUUCCUUCCAAUCCAUUGGUAUGGCGAAGGUACUGGAGGUUUCUAUGAUUACUUGUAUCAGAUGUACGGUGAAUUCGGUAACAAAACCAUUUGGGUAACGGAGUACGCAGAUACGUCUUUGAAUGAUACAGAGGUAAUGGACUUUAUCAAUCAGACAACGGUUUUCAUGGACGGCCUGGACUUUGUUGAGAGAUAUGCAUGGUUUGGAUACUUUAGACCAGAAAAUGGCUCCGCAUACAACAUGCUGAAUAACAAUGGCUCUCUCAAUGAUCUUGGUCAGUUCUACAUUGGCGCUGACACGGUGGAGACUAGCGGGCCUGCGACGAACACCGCUGCUGGCGUUCCUGCCGCCGGUGGACCAACUCAAACACUGGCCACCGUUAGUGUGGCAGCGGGUCACGCGCCGACUUUCAUACCGAACAACGCCUGGAGUAAUCACAAGGGUUGGCAACGAGGUGAGUAUACAUGGAGUAUGGUAGCAGUCCUGGUCACUUGGAUGUCGUGGAUGUGCUGGGUUGCAUAG